AGAGUGUCCACGGGUGCGAGAGAUUCAUCUGAAAGACUGAAAGGAGGCAGCACCCGACAUGCCAUGCGUCCCGAGGGUUCAGCCCAAAAAAAUAACAACAACAACGCUGCUCCAUCAUCCAUGCUGGCCAUCUGCUGGCCCAUCCCGCCUUUUUGACGACCUGCCGUACCGAUACCGAUACCUUACAAGUGGAGGCGUAGGUUGAUUGCCUCUGGAAGGUAGCAUCGAGGACACUCUUAUUGUUCCUCUUCUUCUUCCUCCCUCCCCGCUCCUCUUUUCAGCCACACUUGGUCUUCUUUCAUCUUAUUAAAUCUCCAAGUCUCAACCAUCGACGGCACAAGCGAACCAAUCCAUUCGUAUCUGCCUGCCUAACUGCUCUCGCCGCUUUCAGCAUUGUCUGUGCGAGGCGCCGGCACGUCCGUCGACGAUCAAAUCUCCCGUCCCCCUCCAGCGCUCAGCGUUGAACUGCGGCGCGCAACGUCAUUGACGGGGCGACUCCAUUCCGGUCUUUUUAGCCUGUGCAGGUCCCCUGAACCACCGCGCACUGCCAUCAACUGCCAGCUCCAGGUCUCCUCAAGGCACACAGACCCGAACACACACACGACUCUCGCUCCAUCACCUUCCAGCUCCACGGAUCUAGACGGCCUACGACACCUCAACUGCGACGGUUUUCGAAAGAAAUAUCGUACCUGUUGUCGACCUGUCUUCGACGUACCCCAGAAAAACUAGCGAAUGCGGAUAACGUCCGGCCCAUGACUCAGGCUAGCACAAGAUAGGGGCAUUUUCGAAUAGAUCCCGACGCAACGGGCCUUUGGUGGAGAGGCGAACGAAAACGACCCAACGAAAAUACGACAGAGGGGACACUACACAGGCCCUUUUCCUCGCUCAUCCCCGCCGAUACCGACACCGACAACGAUCCCAGUCCCGGGUCCCAGACCGACCGACGACCGACUUCGACAACGCGCUCCGCGGUCAACAUGGCCUCGUCCUACGCCUUGCCAUCCUCCGCUCUUCCGCACGCCCAUCAUCACCACAUGCACUCCCACUCCCACUCGCCGCCGUCCCUCCACGCAUUGAAGUCGACAAUGUCCACCGGCGGGCUGCACUCCCACAGCCAGAGCCAAGACUCGACCGGCAGCAGCCACGCACAUAACCACGAUCAUUCACACGGUCACAAUGGCCACGCCCACGGCGGCCAUUCACAUCACCGAGCGAACUCGAGCCAGUCGUCCAUUCCUCGAGAAAGAGUGGCGCCUCGCUCUCUCGCUUCGAUGGACGGCUGGAAAACAGACAUCACACCGAGCGGUCGUCAGUUGUUGACGCCUACAAAUGGGUCCUUUUCGGAAACGUUCCAGCCUCUCGACGGCGCAAUGACGAUAGACGAGCAUUCCCACGAUCACCACGAUCACGAUCAUUCACACGCGCACGACCACGCUCAUGGCGAUUGCCAUGGUCAUGACCAUCACGGCCAUUCACACGCCCACAGCCACAGCCACUCCCACUCCCACGAUCAUGCGAAGCCGUCCCUUUUUACGAGGGUUCUCCUGAAAUAUACCCCGGCAGUUCCGGUCCUCCACACCAUCCUCGUGGAGAAGGACUCGAGAAGAAUCUUUUACUUUAUGACUCUCAACUUUGGCUUCAUGGCCGUACAAGCGUUUUACGGCUACGUCACCGACUCGCUCGGUCUCCUCAGCGACACGAUUCACAUGUUUUUCGACUGCUUUGCCCUCUUUGUUGGUCUUUGCGCCGCAGUUACUAGCAAGUGGCCUCAGAGCCAGCGAUUUCCCUUUGGGCUUGGAAAGAUCGAAACGCUGAGUGGUUUCGCCAAUGGCAUCUUGCUGAUGCUUCUUAGCGUUGAGAUUAUCGUGGAGGCCUUCGAGCGAAUUUGGGAAGGUCAAGAACUUCACCGAUUGCGGGAGCUUCUUAUUGUCAGCUUCCUCGGCGGUGUCAUCAACCUGCUGGGCCUUUGGGGCUUCGGACACCAUCACCACGGCCACGACCAUGGCCACGGCCACUCGCACUCACACGACGACCACGACCACGGGCAUGACCAUUCGCACGGAAAGAAGCACAGCCACGGGCACUCGCAUCAUAACGACAACAUGGAGGGUAUUUUUCUGCAUGUUCUGGCCGAUACGAUGGGAAGCGCCUCCGUAGUGCUGUCGACAAUCUUGACGUACUACACGGGCUGGACGUUCUGGGACCCCUUGGCCUCUUGCGCCAUUGCGAUCCUGAUUUUCCUCGCGGCGAUUCCGCUCAUCAAGUCGUCAGCGCGCAACCUACUUCUCAAUAUCCCCGACGACAUUGAGUACAACCUGCGUAACACGCUCGCGGGGAUUUUGCAGCAAAAGGGUGUCGUCAACUACUCGGUGCCCAAGUUCUGGAUGGACCACCGGAGUAGCGAGGACUCGGGGGACAAGCUGCAGGGCAUCGUGCACGUCGUGGCGGGGAGAGGUGCGAGCCUAGACGAAGUACGGGAUCGCGUGCGGGAUUACCUCUUGAAGAACUCAAUGGACAUCGUGGUCCAGGUUGAAAGAGAGGGCGACAGCAGCUGCUGGUGCGGUGUUGGACGGUCGACGGGAUUGGCCACGACACCCCUCAAGAGGGCAUUUUAGAGAAGCCGGCAACCAACGCCCUUGACGACGAUUUUUGAGAUAUUGGCAAUCCCGGACAAACAACCGAAGCGGGAGUGAGAGUAGAGUGUCUGGUCUAUUUUUCUUGUGUUUCUUCUUCAUUGACUAGACAGCGGGACAAAAGGCGAAGACGCACCGCAUAGAGGAUUGGUGCUAGAGAGGAGCCCCGAUUUUGGAGACGGGGUUUUACACGGUCGGGCUGUUUCUUCUUCUUCUUCCUUCUAGGAGUCACGGAAUGUUUAUACAUCAGGCAAGUCGCAUCACGGAAG